AUGUUCCAGGUGAUGAACGAGUUGCUCGCUAUCAUUGCGAUCGUCAUCGUCUGCUGCCUGAUGUUCUUCCUCUGGCUGCUUUCGAUGGCCAUUUGUCCGGAUGCGAUGGUCAAUGCCACGUCGGGAAGGUGAGUUGGAAGUGCGCUCCGAUGAGAACAUGUGAAUCUUUCGCAGAAAGGUUCCCAUUGUAAUCAUUGCAAAGUCAGAAAUAUAGUUCUCUAAUGCGUAGAAGUUGUCACCCAACGUUCAAUUUAUUCCAGAAAGGACAAGUACUGCGAAUCGCGCGAAUCUCGCGACUCGAAGGAACUCAUCGUUCGGUGCGAGGAAGGCGACAUCAAUCACGUAAGCCCCGAUCCAUUCCACCCAAAUGUUAUCCGCUCUCUUCUUUUCAGGAUUUCAUCAAAAACGUCGUUUCGGCCGAGAAAAUGCCGCAACCGUUGUCGACGAGAAGAUCGAGCGACAAGAAGCUGAGUGUGGUGCCGGAAGCAGAUGAGCAGGUGAGUGAUGGGAGAAAUCGCAUUAGGAGAAGAUCCCCGCGACUUAUGACGGCAGAGAGUUAACGUUUCGUUUCAGUCGACGGUCCAAUCGACGAUCCACUCGAUCCGUCCGACGAUCCUUCGGCAGCCGUCGGUGCCUGUGAAAUUGGAGGAGGAAGUGACCGAGACGUCCGUCGAGAACGCCUGA